CUGUUUCACUGAAGUUUUGAUACAGGUGGCGCCCCCACACUUAUUCUCUCUUUUUGAAGGAAAACUCAGACGUGAUAAGUCUGCAUUUUGUGUGCUGAUUGCGUUUCGUGUCGUCAAAGGACUUAAACAAUGCGUUACGUGGCUGCAUACCUACUCGCUGUGCUGGGAGGCAAGGAGAAUCCCACAUCCGGAGACAUUGAGAAGAUCCUCAGCUCGGUGGGCAUUGAGGUUGACGGUGAGCGCGUGAAGAAAGUCUGCGCUGAGCUCAAUGGAAAGAACAUUGAUGAGCUGAUUGAGAAGGGCCGUGAGAAGCUCUCCUCGAUGCCCGUGGGAGGUGGUGCUGCUGCUGCUGUUGCUGCUGCCCCAGCUGAAGCUCCUGCCGCCGCCAAGGAAGAGAAGAAGGAGGAGAAGAAGAAGGAAGAAUCCGAGUCUGAGGACGACGAUAUGGGCUUCGGUCUGUUUGAGUAGGCGCGCAGCAGCUGAUUCCGGGGGAUGGAUGUACAAAAUAAGACUUUUUUGUAUCCUGACCAGGUCAUCAGACUUUUAAGAUUUAUUUCCGUGAAAUAAAUGGAAAAGAUCCCAAAAAA